AGCGUAAUAGACUCCUACUCACCUAGCAGACUCACUCUGAUUUACUGUGUAUCAGAAAGACUAAUGAAAGCUUGUGAUUCUCUCCCUCUAGACUGGCAAACUGAAGCGUUACUACACAGACCUUGAAGCCCUUGCUAUGGUAACUGCAGCUUUGUGUCAUGAUAUUGAUCACAGGGGCACCAACAACCUUUAUCAGAUGAAAUCUCAACAUCCUUUAGCAAAACUUCAUGGUUCAUCAAUUUUAGAGAGACAUCACUUGGAAUUUGGAAAGUUCUUGCUUUCAGAAGAGUCUCUGAAUAUCUACCAGAAUCUCAACAGGAGACAGUUUGAGCACGUGAAUCAUUUGAUGGAAAUUGCGAUCAUAGCUACGGAUUUAGCACUUUACUUCAAAAAGAGAACUAUGUUUCAGAAGAUUGUUGAUGAGUUCAAGACGUAUGACAAUGACAAUGCCUGGACUGAAUAUUUGUCUCUGGAAACAACACGAAAAGAGAUUGUCAUGGCCAUGAUGAUGACUGCCUGUGACUUAUCUGCGAUCGCUAAACCCUGGGAAGUGCAGAGUAAGGUAGCGCUCCUAGUAGCUGCUGAAUUCUGGGAACAGGGAGACUUGGAAAUAAGCGUACUUCAGCAGCAGCCAAUCCCUAUGAUGGACAGGAGAAAAGCUGCUGAGCUUCCAAAGCUUCAAGUCGGUUUCAUUGACUUUGUGUGCACGUUUGUCUAUAAGGAAUUUUCACGUUUCCACGAGGAAAUUCAGCCGAUGUAUGAGAGAUUGCUGAACAACAGAAAGGAAUGGAAGGCUCUUGGUGAUGAGUAUGAUGCAAAAAUGAAAGUGCUGGAAGAAGAGAAGAAAAAAGAGGAGGAAAAAAUGGCUGCAAAGCGAGCUAUGACAAGUUGCAAUGGAAGUACUCCCCCAUCUAGAACCUGUUGUAUCAUUUAAACCUAUUUCUGCUGGUGUAUGAACUACGCACCCUGGGAAAGGUCUUGUAAGAGAAAAAAGUUACAGUGUACGAAUAUAAACUCUUGAUGUAACCCUUUAAUACACCUAAACUGGGCUCAUCACCUAGCCAUGGAAAGGGCCUAGUUUUGUUUACCUGACCUGUGUGAGCACCCUUACUGCGGUCAGUGAGCCAAAUUCUGCCCUCUUUCUCACUCCAUACAAUGCCACUGAAGUCACUGGGAUGUACCAUUUAAGACAGGGCAAAAUUUGGUUCCAUGAAUUUACUUGCAUGAGUAAUGGCUGUAGCAGUUGUCCUGAAGUCUGAAUUCCCCCUUCCCUACUCCAGACCCCCAUGCAUGUAUUUACAGGGCCAGAUGGUGAACUUUGUGCCCAAUUCAACUGUUAUUUAUCUAGUGUGCAGCUAGAGGUUGGGGUGGGUAAAUUGAGGCAGAAUUAACUCCUUCAAUGUAUCUCACAGGACCACAUGGACGAGCCAGCAAUAUGUAAAAGGGAAGCAUAAAGACAGUCAGAUCCAUUCAUCUCAUAGGGAGAAAGAUACCCUUUACUAAAUAUUUGUGCUGAGAUUCUGAUCUCAGUUACGGCGGUACAGCUAUGUAGUUAUUCCACAGAAGUCAGACUGAUGCCCCUAGAGCGGAGUUCAGGAAGUGGGCUUUCAUCUAGACCAGUGUUGGUGAAUCAGAGCACAAGAGAGUGUUAACAAUAGAACAGUUACAUAAUCUGUCCUUCUCACACAUCAGUAAACUUUAUCUUUUGAAGGAACUGAGCCAAAUUCAGAUCUGGUCUAAACAAUUGCAACUCCACUGAAGCCAAAGAAACACCCAUGAGGACAAGAAUAAUUCUGUAGGGGGGUUUGAAUAGUGUGCAAUCAGUGCUACAUGGGGCCACACAUUGCAGGAUGAGGAUAAAACAAAAUAUUGAAAAGCUGCUCAUUCCCUGAGCAUGAUCAGUUUUGUGCACUGAAUGAGGCAGGGAUCCUGGGAAAAACAUAGCAUGUGAUCAUGUAAUUAGAGUGUGUAUCAAUGCAUAGGCGCAAGGGUGCUAAAUUAAAGUUGCCAAAGCAACCUCAUAUCUGGCAUUCCUUGAGUGUUUGACUUUGCAACAUUAUUUUAAUAUAGUUUGUUCAUAAUGCAACUUGCCUGGCCAAAAAGUAGGCCGAUUUUUAUCAAAA